AUGGGAUCUCCAAAUGAGACAAGGGUGACUGAAUUCAUCUUGAUUGGGCUAUCCGAGCACCCCAGAGCACAGGCUGUGUUCUUUUUCUUUCUCUUGAUGGCCUAUCUCAUCAGCCUUUUUGGGAACGGCCUCAUUGUCAUAUUGAUUAUUGCAGAUUCCCAUCUUCAUACACCCAUGUAUUUCUUUCUUUGCGUCCUCUCCUCUGUAGACCUCAUCCUCGCCAACAAUGCACUUCCUGAGAUCCAGGUCAACUGUUUCUUUUACAGGCCCACCAUCUCGUUCUACAGAUGCUUGGUUCAGAUGUAUGUUGGUCUAUUACUUGUUGCAACGGAAUGUGUCCUUCUGGCCAUCAUGGCGUAUGACCGCUUUGCAUCUAUCUGCCAACCACUCCAUUAUAUGCAGAUCAUGAGCUGGAAAUUUUGCAUCAGUUUAGUGGUUGCAUCUUUAGGCCUCUCCUCACUGACAACCUUAAUCAAUGUAUUGUUGCAGCCAACUGACUUCUGUGGACGAAACGUCAUUAACCAUUUUGCAUGUGAGCUACAAUCAUUCCUCAAACUGGCCUGCUCUGACACACACACCAGCGAGCUCUUCAUGCAUGUUUCUAGCCUCUUUCUCCUAAUACCCCCCUUUGGCUUCAUUGUUGUGACAUAUGGGCGCAUAGGCUGGGCUGUAAUACUCAUGCGCUCAAAAGAGGGUCGCAAGAAAGCCUUCUCCACCUGUAGUUCUCACCUUACUGUGGUCAGUGUCUUUUAUGGUACUAUUAUGAUCAUGUAUGUGAAACCCCAACCAAAAUCUACUUCCGAUCAAGAUAAGAUCAUCUCUUUAAUGUACGGAGUUUUAACUCCCAUGCUCAAUCCUUUGAUCUACAGCUUGAGAAACAGGGAUGUGAAGGGGGCUUUCUGGAGAGUGUUUGGAAGGAAAAUGUCAGAAUAA